CCGAGCUCAACUCAUCGAGCAGCAAAAAUGCCUGGAGCAGCAGACUGAAAUGAGAGUGCAACUUCUUCAAGAUCUACAGGAUUUCUUCCGCAAGAAGUCGGAAAUAGAGAUGGAGUAUUCCCGGAACCUGGAAAAACUGGCAGAGAGAUUCAUGGCCAAAACAAGAAGUACAAAGGACCACCAGCAGUACAAGAGAGAUCAGAAUCUCUUAUCGCCGGUGAAUUGCUGGUACUUACUCCUGAACCAAGUAAGAAGGGAAAGCAAAGACCACGCGACGCUGAGUGAUAUCUACCUGAACAACGUGAUCAUGCGCUUCAUGCAGAUCAGCGAGGACUCCACCAGGAUGUUCAAGAAGAGCAAAGAAAUUGCAUUUCAGCUGCAUGAGGACUUAAUGAAAGUUCUUAACGAGCUUUACACAGUCAUGAAAACUUACCACAUGUAUCAUGCAGAGAGCAUCAGUGCAGAAAGCAAGCUGAAGGAGGCAGAGAAGCAAGAAGAAAAACAGAUUGGGAGGUCAGGAGACCCUGUCUUUCAUAUUCGACUAGAAGAAAGGCACCAGAGACGGAGCUCUGUAAAGAAGAUUGAAAAAAUGAAGGAAAAACGUCAAGCAAAAUAUUCUGAAAACAAGCUGAAAUCUAUUAAGGCCCGGAAUGAAUACCUGCUCACCCUUGAAGCAACCAAUGCUUCUGUUUUCAAGUAUUAUAUUCAUGACCUUUCGGAUUUAAUUGAUUGUUGUGAUCUUGGAUACCACGCGAGUCUGAACAGAGCGCUGAGAACGUACCUCUCUGCGGAGUAUAACCUUGAGACCUCCAGGCACGAGGGCCUGGACAUCAUUGAAAAUGCAGUUGACAGCUUGGAGCCACGAAGUGACAAGCAGAGAUUCAUGGAAAUGUACCCCACUGCCUUUUGUCCACCGGUGAAAUUCGAGUUCCAGUCUCAUAUGGGUGAUGAGGUUUGUCAGGUCACUGCCCAGCAACCUGUGCAAGCAGAGCUUAUGCUGAGGUAUCAGCAGCUGCAGUCGCGACUGGCCACGCUCAAGAUCGAAAACGAGGAGGUUAAAAAAACCACGGAGGCCACCUUGCAGACAAUCCAAGACAUGGUUACCAUUGAGGACUACGAUGUGUCAGAAUGUUUCCAGCACAGCCGCUCGACCGAGUCGGUGAAGUCCACGGUCUCGGAGACGUACCUGAGUAAGCCCAGCAUUGCAAAAAGAAGAGCUAACCAGCAGGAAACUGAGCAAUUCUAUUUCAUGAAAUUCAGAGAGUAUCUGGAAGGCAGUAAUCUCAUCACAAAGCUUCAAGCAAAGCACGACUUGCUGCAGAGGACACUUGGAGAAGGUCACAGAGCUGAAUACAUGACAACAAGGCCUCCAAAUCUUCCCCCUAAGCCCCAGAAACACAGGAAGCCCAGACCCCGAUCACAGUAUAGUGCUAAGUUGUUUAAUGGUGAUUUGGAGACAUUCGUUAAGGAUUCAGGACAAGUCAUUCCUCUCAUUGUGGAAAGUUGUAUCAGAUUUAUCAAUUUAUAUGGUCUUCAGCAUCAAGGAAUUUUUAGAGUGUCUGGUUCCCAGGUGGAAGUCAAUGAUAUUAAAAAUUCAUUUGAGAGAGGUGAAAAUCCUUUGGCAGAUGACCAAAGUAACCAUGACAUUAACUCAGUUGCUGGAGUACUGAAGCUCUAUUUCCGAGGGCUGGAAAAUCCUGUCUUUCCUAAGGAAAGAUUUAAUGAUCUUAUUUCUUGUAUCAGAAUAGACAAUCUCUGUGAGAGGGCUCUUCACAUCCGCAAACUCCUCCUUACUUUGCCCAGGUCGGUCCUUAUAGUGAUGAGAUACCUCUUUGCCUUCCUCAACCACCUUUCACAGUACAGUGAUGAAAACAUGAUGGAUCCGUACAACCUGGCCAUUUGUUUUGGGCCAACACUGAUGCCUGUUCCAGACAUACAAGACCAGGUGUCUUGUCAGGCACAUGUAAAUGAAAUAAUAAAAACUAUCAUCAUCCAUCAUGAAGCUAUUUUUCCAGAUGCUAAGGAACUCGAUGGCCCAGUGUAUGAAAAAUGUAUGGCUGGAGAUGACUACUGUGACAGUCCAUACAGUGAACAUGGUACCUUAGAGGAAGUGGACCAGGAUGCUAGUACAGAGCCCCACACCAGCGAAGACGAGUGCGAGCCUAUAGAAGCUAUAGCCAAGUUUGACUACGUUGGAAGAUCUGCACGAGAGCUGUCUUUCAAAAAAGGAGCUUCCCUUCUUUUGUAUCACCGAGCAUCCGAAGACUGGUGGGAAGGCAGGCACAACGGGAUUGAUGGCCUUGUUCCUCACCAGUACAUAGUGGUGCAGGAUAUGGACGAUACCUUCUCAGAUACCCUGAGCCAGAAAGCAGACAGUGAAGCCAGCAGUGGGCCAAUCACUGAGGAUAAGUCAUCAUCAAAGGACAUGAACUCUCCCACUGACCGUCACUCCGAUGUGUAUUCAGGCAGGCAAAGAAAGAGAUCAGAACCGCCGCCGCCUCUGAGACGUCCCGGCAGAAGCAGCGAUGGCCACUGCCCCGUGCACCCACCGCACCCGCUCUCCAAUUCAUCCCUGGAGUUGGGAUCCCCCAACCUGGCGAGCCACUGCAGCCCCCGAGCCCUCCUGCAGAACCGCAGCCUCAACGCAGACAGCCCUGAGCGGAGGCGCCGGCCUGGCCACGGCAGCCUCACCAACAUCAGCAGGCACGACUCGCUGAAGAAGAUUGAUUCCCCUCCAAUUAGAAGAUCUACGUCGUCUGGUCAAUACACAGGCUUCAAUGACCACAAACCACUGGAUCCAGAGUCAAUAGCUCAGGACAUCGAGGAGACCAUGAACACGGCGCUCAACGAGCUGCGCGAGCUGGAGCGGCAGAGCUCGGCCAAGCAUGCCCCCGACGUGGUGCUGGACACCCUGGAGCAGAUGAAAACCACCCCCACGCCGGCCACCUCCACGGAGUCCCUGAGCCCGCUGCACAGCGUCGUGCUGCGGAGCUCCGAGCCCCAGAUCCGCCGGAGCACGAGUUCUUCCAGUGACACCAUGAGCACGUUCAAGCCCAUGGUGGCCCCUAGAAUGGGAGUGCAGCUGAAACCUCCUGCUCUUAGGCCUAAACCUAUUGUUCUUCCAAAAACUAAUCCUAGCAUAGGACCUGCCCCUCCUUCCCAGGGGCCAGCAGACAAAUCUUGCACAAUGUAAAAAAGCUCAGCUACCCGCAGCGCACGGCUGAGCUAUGCUAGGGAGAGGAAUGGCUCAACGAGAGAAGUCAGGGUUCCAUAACAUCAUUUGUUCAUGUUUAUAACUGGAGAGGCUUUGUUUUUCUGUGUUUUUGAAUGUAUUGUCUGAAACUAGCUACAUUAACAUGGGCAUUUGUAUUUUGUAUGGUUUCAAUUAAAAACAAAACUGGACAAUUGUGCAUCAUUUUAAAAUACAAACAUAGACUUACUUGAAAACUUAAUGCUGCACCAUUUGUAAUAAAACCAACACGGAUCACAACUAGCUUGCCACGUUGUACCAUAUUUCACAGUCUUACUAUAGGUACAUAAUAAGGGAUCCUGCACAAAACUGAGGGGUGGGGGGAGCGUAAGGGACAUGGAACCUCUUAUUUCUAGGUCACCAAACCAAGUCUCAACUAGGUUAGUGAGAACUGAAAUCUAGCAUGUGAGGAUUAAGUGGCCGCUGUGGAAGGUCUAAUUUAUCCCAGGCCACAUUUUCUAAUUUAAAACACACCAAAAGAAAACCCUCACACACUCAAAACUGGCACCGAGUUUUAGCAUCGUUUUUGGCAAUCUUACUAGAGACAAGUGCUAAAUAGAUAGGGAGACCACAUUACUCUCACCAAUAAAAAGCAUCAUUCCCAGCCGUAGGCAAAGCAUAUCUCCAGGAUAGUGUGAAGAAGCUGCUUUUG